CGGCAGCAGGCGCGGCCGGGGGCGGAAGUCCUUUGUUGCUGCUGCAGAGGCGGCGGCGGCCGCGCCGGCAAAACAGCCAGGCCCUUCUCUGCUGCAGCGGCCCUCCAAGACCUCCCCAGCCGUUUGGCCGCAGACGCCUCGGAUAAAAUAUCACAGCUCUUCCCCAUCCAUGAUUGAAAGGAUGUUGACAGACUGGAAGAAGUGCAGAAGAGGCCUCCAAAGAUGAUAGCAAAGUUUAGAGAGCAGAUCAGAUGAGACAGAGCUGCAGGAACAGGGUUGUGAUUCAAGCACAAGAUGGCAAAGACUAGCCACAGCAAUUAUGUUCUUCAACAACUGAACAACCAAAGAGAAUGGGGAUUUCUCUGUGAUUGCUGCAUUGCAAUUGAUGAUAUCUACUUCCAGGCACAUAAAGCUGUCUUGGCUGCUUGCAGUUCUUAUUUUAGGAUGUUUUUCAUGAGCCAGCAGCAAAGCACAGCACAGUUGAACCUCAGCAACAUGAAGAUUACAGCUGAGUGCUUUGAUCUCAUUUUACAGUUUAUGUAUUUAGGGAAAAUUAUGACAGCCCCAGCUAACUUUGAGCAAUUUAAAGCAGCCAUGAACUCCCUACAGCUCUACAACAUGCCAGAAUGUCUGGAAGAUAUACAAGAUACAAACUCUUCUGGUUUACAGUGCUCUUCUUCUGCUUCCAGCACUCAAAAUAACAAAAUGAUUUUUGGUGUUCGAAUGUAUGAAGAUACACUGGCUAAAAACAAGAGUGAUGCAAACAAGUGGAGUGCAGAGCCACCAAGUUCUACUGUGAGUACUUCCCAAAGCAGAGAGGUUGAUGAUGAAGCUUUGCAAGUAAACAAUUUCUCUGAUCAACCUUUGGAGAGUUGCAAAAGGGCCAGUGCGUCAAAACUCUCAGGUGCCAAAGAUAGAGUGCCCAAUUCACGGCGCUUUGGAAGAAGCUUUACCUGUGAUGGCUGUGGCUUCAGUUUCAGCUGUGAGAGGCUGUUAGAUGAGCAUAUCAUGUCAUGCACUAAUAGGCAUUCUUAUCAAAACCCCAGGUAUUUGGGGUCUGAGAAUGACAGCAGUGAAAGGGACUCUACUUCUAAAAUGUCAGUUUCCCAAUUGGAGAAAUAUCAAGCAAGUGCAAACCAAUCUGCUGAGAGUUCUUCCCCCACAGCAUCAAAUACAACACGUGGAAAAAGCAGGGGUGCCUCAACAGAGCCAUUAAAUGAAGAGCGAAGCAGAGCCACAGAAAGGAAAAGGAUUAUCGUCAAAAUGGAACCAGAUGAUAACCCUACAGAUGACCUGAAGGAGUUUAAUAUUGUUAAGGUAACAAAUGGCAAUGAUUCCACUGAUAAUGAAGAGCUAGAUGAUGAUGAACAUGUUUAUAGAUACUACAUUGAGGAAGAUGUCAGUGAAAAUAGAAGUGUUAGAAAGGCCCUUUUAAAACCCCACAUGCUUAUCGAUGAGCAAGCUAGGAAAUAUAUUAAAAGUACCAGAGUCCUUGCAAAUAAAGUCAGUGCAAAUAAAGCCAAGGAGGUGACGGAAAAUGCAUCUUGUGAACUGUGUGGUCUGACAAUCACAGAAGAAGAUUUGUCUUCUCAUUACUUAUCCAAACACAUAGAAAAUAUAUGUGCCUGUGGGAAAUGUGGCCAAAUAUUAGUAAAAGGACGGCAGUUACAGGAUCAUGCACAGACUUGUGGAGAGCCACAAGACUUAACCACCAAUGGUUUGAGGAACAUGGAGGAGAAAGUUGAUUUGGAAGAGAGUCCUGAAGAACAGUCUGAAAACCAAGAAAUGAUGUACGUAGACAUGUUAGAUGAGUUUGGAGACAGCCAUUUUCAGAUGAACACACUCCCAAAAAAACAACUGUAUAGGGAUUCAGCAUGCCCUUUCAGAUGUCCUAACUGUGGGUUACGUUUUGAAACAGAGAAUUUGGUAGUUGAACAUAUGUCCAGUUGUUUGGAACAAGAUCUGUUUAAGAACGCAAUUAUGGAAGAGAAUGAAAGGGAUCACCGACGCAAGCAUUUCUGUAAUCUUUGUGGGAAAGGAUUUUAUCAGCGUUGUCAUUUGCGAGAACAUUAUACUGUGCACACCAAGGAAAAACAAUUUGUUUGUCAGACAUGUGGGAAGCAGUUUUUACGAGAGCGUCAGCUGCGCCUUCACAAUGACAUGCACAAAGGCAUGGCCAGGUAUAUCUGCUCCAUUUGUGACCAAGGGAACUUCCGAAAACAUGAUCAUGUCCGGCAUAUGAUCUCCCAUCUGUCACCUGGAGAGACAAUUUGUCAAGUCUGUUUCCAGAUCUUUCCAGAUAAUGAACAACUUGAACAACACAUGGAUGUUCAUCUGUACACAUGUGGGGUUUGUGGAGCCAAAUUUAAUCUGAGAAAAGAUAUGCGAUCUCAUUAUAAUGCUAAGCAUUUGAAACGAACAUGACCACGUAAUGCUUGUUUGACAAAACCUAGAACAAAAGCAAAUGGAACACCAAAGCCAAACUAACAGUAGUGCAUUAAAAAAUUGAUCAGCCAUUUUUAAAAUGUCUGUUUUUAUCUUCAUUAUAGGGUCUUAAACUACAGUACAUAGCAUAAACACCUAAUGUUUCAUUAUUGCAUUUUUAUUUUUGUCUCAUGUUAACUUUUUGCUGCUUUUUUUUCCUGCCAGAGUAUUCAAGCUAUUAUUUUUAAACCCUCAAGUUUUAAAAGCACGCUGUAGUAUUGCCCUACGGGCUUCUAUUAAACAGCUUCUCAAUCCCAUCAACAUAGGAUGCCUGCUUUUAUAUGCUAUGUGUGUUUUAUUUUUUUCCUUUUUUUCUUGUGAACAAUUUAAAUUAUAUAAAUUUUAAAUAUGCAAGGAUAGUCUUAAUGCCAAGAAAUAAUUACUGGAUACUAUCUACAACAGAAUCCACUAUAUUUAGGUAUAUAGAAAUUCAUGGACAUACUGAGUUGCACGAGAUUUUUUGCUUCUGUUAAAAGAAUAUAAGGUUACCUUUGAUAUCCUGUUAUUUGCAUUUCAUGUACCCGGCAUAAUGCGUGCAUUUUGUUACUUCUGCAACAGUAUCUUGAGUUGAAAUGAGGAGGACUGCACAUGAGUUCCAUACUUCAGAAUCAUUUACAUAUUUGUAUUUCCUGUAUAAUUUUACACUGUUGUAAUCUGAAAGUUGUGCUGCAGAUGAAAAUAUGGGAAGUUCCCAUAAAUGUGCUCAUAAAAUACUUCAUAAGAUAUCUGGAAUAGAAGUUAAACCAAAAGCAAGCACCCUUUUCCCUUCCAGAUAUUUUAGUGUGGGCCACAAGUGAAUUUGAAAUCAAAAGUAGAUAUACAUCAAUUCAGUUUAAUGGGAAAAUGUGCAACUUGGAAUCAUGUUUAUCCUCAUGUAAAUACAUUUUUUUAAAAAAAAUGUCAUGUUUUCUUUUUGUC